CAUCUUACAGUCUGACAGUAUCAUUUUUGGAGUAGUUUAUUUGAGCAGGCCUGAGAGCCAUCGCUAAUCCUCUCCCUUUGCCUGGCUCUCUGUCUUCCCAGAGCUGCCCAGGCCUGAAGCUGGAGAACCCUCGGUCACUUGGGCUCUCUCUCUCUCUCUCUCCCCUCAGCCUUCGCCGCUGCCGGCCUCCCUGCUUUUGCCUCUGCUCCUGCCGGCAGGGCAGGUACCGACAGCAUCGCUCUCCACGGCCCUUCUGCGGUGUUUUUGUUUUCUCUUCGCCCCCCAAAAAUAUUUGAACCAAAAAGCCUCUCUUUUUUUUCCUCCACCCACAGCAAACUGAAAGGGCUAGUGAACCGUGAUUCAACAGAGCGAGGGCGCCUCUUUCUUUCUUAGCAUUAAUUAACUCAAGUUCGUUAGGACGUUGGGUCUGUCGCCCACAGUUUUCUCUUGUGUGUGCUGAAUCGGGUCAUAGAGGGAGACUUCCCGUGCAAACAGUUUGUGUUGGAGCUGGAGGACGCAGAGGGGGAGAGAGGGGGAGAAAGAAAGGGAGCCGAGGAGCGCGGGCCGAGGGUGGGCACGUCCGAGCUCCUCCAGGCCCUGGUGCCAGUCUCCAGCAGGGGCCAGGCACCAGGGCAACAAGGAUUCUCGGGUUUCCUUGGCACUGAUCCUGAUCAUAAAAUAAACUGGGGGAGCCAUACACUUUGAGGGAGAUUGAAAAAAUGCCCUUCUGACUCCUAAAAUUGUACACUCGGAAAGCCAGGAAAGCCGCUUGCCCGGACAGGGUUGGCCCAGCCUCCUCCUCCAGAACCCUUGAGCGGUGAAAAUCCCGGAGCUCCCGGCUCUGCCUGUUGCUGCAGCAACUUGAAGAAAGAGGCUCCCUCAGGGCUGAGGGUGCGUGCAGCCUGGCUGGGCACAGGGGGCUCAGAGAAGCCCUGCCUCUCCCGGCCUCUCUCCGGUGGCCGGGAAAGCAGAACCCACAAACUAAGUGGAGUAGGGGGAGGAUUGGGACGGAGCCCAGUGGAGCUGGGAGGGCCACCACCUUUGAGGUCCCGUGAUCCUUGAGCUUUGGUGGAGACCCCUGAAGAAGGGGAGCCACUGCCACAGCCGCAGGGCCUAGCACAUUUCCUGCCUCUUGCCCGGUGCCCUGGCCUGGCCUUCUGUCUGACCCUCGGAUAAGUGUGCUCAGCACAGCCCUCAUUUCACUGCUGGACUUUCUUUCUCUUGCCUUUUGUCAGUCUUUCAGUUCUCCUUUAGAGAAAGUUGGGAAGCUGGCCUGUGGGGUUCCUCUGGGCCGCUGUGGAGUGACACUUUCCAGGUCAGCUAGGGUGUGUGAACCCUCACAAAGGCCUUGGCUGUCAUGUGUCCUGCAGGCUCUGCAGAGGGUCCCAUCUUCAAGCAGCCCAUUGGCUAGCAAGAGGGCUUUGGCCUUCCUGGCUUUUACUUGUAUUUGGUGACACAAGGAAGUUUCUAGCUAAAUAAUGAAUUAAAGACUAGGGUUUUGUUUCCCAUUCCCCACAGAGGAUGAGAUGAAAGUAAACAAUUUCCAGUCGCACUAGAGAGAAUAGCUCGUCUCCCCCAACACCUCCAUCCCCACCCUCACUUGUUCUGUGCCAAGAGGGUGAGGGGAGAUGUGCCUGGAGCUGGGGAGGUUCGGAGCCAGAACAAGGCUGCCUGUUGGCCUGGUCCCAGGCCACGGCUCCUGGUUUGUAGAAAGGAGGAAAAAAGCAGGGAAGGGGGAGGCAGUUUACAGGAGAGAAGUGUGAGACCUGGUUCUGAGACAGUCCCCAAGCUAGACCCAGCACAGGGGUGUGGGGCAAAUUCAUCGAGCCAGCCCAGCCUGAGGAAGCUCUCCAAAGAAGCCGCAUGGUUGCCUUCCUGAGCAGAGGCAAACAGGCCCAAGUCAGCCAAAAACCCGCUUUGUCCAAAUCAGCCAAGCCGCCUUGCGAAGUGCAUUUUCCGGUUUCCAUUCCUGGUGUUUCCAGACUGCUCGAUGGUUUUGCUCUGGCUACAGAUCCCCUUCCCACUGGCCCCCCGGAGAGGGGAGGCCCCACCCACCUCUAGGAUCAGUGGCUGCCUGCUGAGUCCCUUCUCUUUCCUGAUGCCAAGUCCCUUUCUCUGCCCCAGUCUGGCCACUGCCUUCUUGUGGCCUUCCACGGAGCAGCGAUCCUAGGGCUGUGAAGCUGGCCGGUUGGUUGCGGUUCAGACCAAGGCUGAAUUCUAAAAUGCCAGGAAUUAGGCUAACUCCAUUUGGGGCCUUUUUAACUUCCUGCCUCUUUUCCCACCUAAUCUGCAGGUACGCCAGUAGUAGAAUGAAUCCUGGAAUAGCUGCUAAUUUCUAUGAUGAGUUCCACCCGUUCAUCGAGGCGCUGCUGCCUCACGUCCGCGCCUUCUCAUACACCUGGUUCAACCUGCAAGCGCGGAAGCGCAAGUACUUCAAGAAGCACGAGAAGCGGAUGUCGAAGGACGAGGAGCGCGCGGUGAAGGACGAGCUGCUGGGCGAAAAGCCCGAGAUCAAGCAGAAGUGGGCAUCCCGGCUGCUGGCCAAGCUGCGCAAGGACAUCCGGCCUGAGUUCCGAGAGGACUUUGUGCUGACCAUCACGGGCAAAAAGCCCCCCUGCUGCGUGCUUUCCAACCCCGACCAGAAGGGCAAGAUCCGGCGGAUUGACUGCCUGCGCCAGGCCGACAAGGUGUGGCGGCUGGACCUGGUCAUGGUGAUUUUGUUUAAGGGGAUCCCCCUGGAAAGUACUGAUGGGGAGCGGCUCUACAAGUCGCCCCAGUGCUCGAACCCCGGCCUGUGCGUGCAGCCACAUCACAUUGGAGUCACAAUCAAAGAACUGGAUCUCUAUCUGGCUUACUUUGUCCACACUCCCGAAUCCGGACAAUCAGAUAGUUCAAACCAGCAAGGAGAUGCGGACAUCAAACCACUGCCCAACGGGCACUUAAGUUUCCAGGACUGUUUUGUGACUUCCGGGGUCUGGAACGUGACGGAGCUGGUGAGAGUAUCACAGACUCCUGUUGCGACAGCAUCAGGGCCCAACUUCUCACUGGCAGACCUGGAGAGUCCCAGCUACUACAAUAUAAACCAGGUGACCCUGGGGCGGCGGUCCAUCACCUCCCCUCCUUCCACCAGCACCACCAAGCGCCCCAAGUCCAUCGAUGACAGUGAGAUGGAGAGCCCUGUUGACGACGUAUUCUAUCCUGGGACAGGCCGCUCCCCUGCAGCCGGCAGCAGCCAGUCCAGUGGGUGGCCCAACGACGUGGAUGCAGGCCCGGCUUCUCUAAAGAAGUCAGGAAAGCUGGACUUCUGCAGUGCCCUCUCCUCUCAGGGCAGCUCCCCACGCAUGGCUUUCACCCACCACCCGCUGCCUGUGCUUGCUGGAGUCAGACCAGGGAGCCCCCGGGCCACAGCAUCUGCGCUGCACUUCCCCUCUACGUCCAUCAUCCAGCAGUCGAGCCCAUACUUCACGCACCCGACCAUCCGCUACCACCACCACCAUGGGCAGGACUCGCUGAAGGAGUUUGUGCAGUUUGUGUGCUCAGACGGCUCAGGCCAGGCCACCGGACAGCCCAACGGUAGCGGCCAGGGCAAAGUCCCGGGGUCAUUUUUGCUACCGCCGCCGCCUCCAGUGGCCAGACCUGUGCCCCUUCCUAUGCCUGAUUCCAAAUCCACCAGCACUGCCCCAGACGGCGCCGCCUUGACUCCUCCAUCACCUUCAUUCGCAACGACAGGCGCCUCCUCUGCCAACCGGUUUGUCAGCAUCGGACCCCGGGACGGCAACUUUCUGAACAUCCCACAGCAGUCUCAGUCCUGGUUCCUCUGAUAAGAUCGACAAAGAAACAAGAAAAUGAAAAAGAAGAGGUUCCUUAAAAGGGGGGAGAAGAAAUUUUGAGACAUGAAAAACUCCCCCAGCCCAGCCCAGCCCAGCCCAGCCCAGCCCCACCGGAAAGCAAAAAUUAGACGUCGUCAGCCACUCAGCCCUUCCCUCCUCCAAGCCGGGGACCCCUGCGGCCCCGGAGCAGCACAGUUCUCGGGGAGCCCUGGAAGGGGUCUCAGUGGAGCUGUGCACCAGCAGUCAAGCAGAAAGAAACAUGUAAAACGGACGGACUCUGUCAAGCAGAGGACAGACCGAAAGAAAAGAUGCGGCAAAAUGCCUUCCUCCCCACUCAGGGGGCCUUCCGGGAAGGAGCACGACCCCAGCCAGCAGUGACCAGCGCCAUGAGGGGGCCUGCCCCACCCACCCUUCCUGGAACCCUAUCCUCCGCUACCCGAGCUUCCUAGGGAGCCGGGAGGACCAGCUCGAUUACAUGCUGGGGAGCAAACAAACCCGCGAGCUCUCCCCUCAACACUUCGUCCUUCUCCCUUCCUCCCUCCUGGCCACCGCUCCGGCUUCUUCCCCCAGCUGCUCUGGACCAGGCGAGGGAGGCCCCCGGGUGGGCAGGGGGCGCCCCCUGGAUCUAAUUGCGGGAGCCUAGAAUGAUGGGCGUCCUGCCACCCCACCCUGAGCUGGACCGUUCUGUACAGUCCACAGGGGGAAAGUCGGAAUGCGCUCAACGGUCAGUCCCAGCCUGGGACAGGCCCGCUGCUGAGGCUCCGCCGGCACUGCCCGAGAGGGCUGCCCCAGAGAAGGGAGGGAGGGAGGGAGGGCCCCAGGUCACCCCGUACCCCAGCCCUGCAUGCAGGUGCCCUCGCUCCGUCCCAUUGGUCCCUGCCCCUGUCCCUCACGCACACAGCCCAGCUGGGGUCGGCCCGAGAGUGGAGCUGAGGGGACCCCGGAGCCGAGCGAGGAGACGAGGCAGCUGCCGCUGCUGCGGGCUAGGCCACCACCUGCGCUAGGUAGGCGUCCUUAUCGACUGGGGUCCUUUGGAGGGGGGUGGGUGUCGUCCUUUUCAAAGUGUUCUGAAGCUUCCUGCCCCCUUUCCCACCACGCCCCCGUGCCCACUUUUCUCUGGAUCUUUGCUGUAAUGUCUUUACUCUUUAUUUAGGGGGGCAGUCAUUGUUUGGGUCUUUUGCUGUCGCAAUGAGAAGUCCUCUUCCGUUUGAGCAACUUGGGAACAAUUUGGUACCACACCGCAGGAGGUAGCGCUCUCCCCAGCCCCCCCCCCUCCCCCAAGGGAUGGCGGGGACCUUCUAGAGGGUCUUCAGAACCCCCUGAAGCA